AUGGGCAUAAUGGCAACCAUUCGUAACAGUACCAUGUGGAGAGGCGCUAGAAGUAGUGACAUCGGCAGAACGGGUAAAUUCGAGUCGAAGAGUCAGGGGAAUGUUGAAAGCUCAACAGUCUACUUCGUGCUUUCUCCGGAGUGGAAAGCAGCUGUCACAGAAAAGGAAAAGGUCUACCUCAUCGUUUGUGCCCUUUUUUAUUUCGUCAGUUUACUUGUCUUCUCGUACUGUCUGGUUUUAGAUAAAACUAUGGUGCAUUCUUUGUGUCUUAAAGUGUUCUUAAACACGCAAUCUCGAGUUCCAAUCCUCCAGAAGGUUAAUCUCGGAGCCAAGAUAACUUUCACAACCGGUAUUUGGUACAGAAGUGCAGAAACGUUAGUCGAACCGCAAAGAAGCCCCGAUACCUAUGUUGGCGCCUACCCAAUUAUCCACGAGAGGCUUAACGAGGCAUAUUCUCUGUACUACAGCUGUUUGGAUGCUCACUUCCGCACCUCGCCAGUUCUCACUGCCUCCAGUCUCUUUCUAGUCGUGGGGAGCGUAACUUAUGCUUUCGCAGGACCGCUAGUCAUCCUCUCACGCUCUGCGUUUUACCACUGCAUCAUGAUAGGCUCACUGUUACUGGCUUCCUUUGUCCUACUUAAUCUAGCAGCCUGCAAUUUCCUUUAUGACUGCCUUCGACGCUCACAGUCCACGCAGAUAAACGACAGUGGAACCUAUGUGGAGAGUAUGUACGGCACUACUCUCUUUGAUAUAAUGCCCCACAUGGAAGACGCCACCACUGCAAAAGUGGCCACCUACCUCACUGUGCUGGGAUUCCUUCCUAUGGCCAUUAUGGGAGGCAUGGCGGGGAAGGUGUUGGGGAGGCCAGUGUAA